AUGAGCCUCAUUCACGACCACGCCCUGAAGUCUAAUAAUGAUGAUCAUUCUGCCAUUACACUCAUUGGAAAUGACGUCGAGGAUGUGCAGAUGGCCAUGGGAUGGUUCCAUGUUAUUUGGUCGUCGCUCCUUUCAUUGAGUCUAGGACUCUAUUUGCUCACGGCUAAACUUGGCUGGGUCAGCGUGGUCCCAAUUGUGCUUGUAGCGAUCUCCUCACAGGGCGGGAAAUAUGUCUCCAAGAAUUUCGUUUCGAAACAAAGAGCUUGGAGCGACGCAACCCAGACACGAAUAGGUCUUACUAAGACAGUCCUAGAGCACAUGAAGUCAAUCAAGAUGAUGGGAUAUUCGCGCGAAAUAGAAGAGAAGGUUCAAGCAGCUCGUGACAGUGAGUUAACGGCAGGUCUUGCUACGUAUUGGCUUGAUGUCCUCCUAGGAUGCUGUGCUAGCUUCAUAAAUGUCGUCGGCCCUGCGAUUACACUUGGUAUCUACACGAUUGUGGCAAAACUCACUGGAAGCCCGCUUCUUGAUACAGACCGAGUCUUCACUUCAUUUGCUUUAAUUCAGAUGGUCACACUUCCAGCAAACUCAAUCCUGUUUCUCGUUCCGGAAUUUAUCGCCGCCAUUGCAGGAUUUGACAGAAUUCAAAAAUUCCUUCUGGAACCGACACACGAAGACAGUCGCCUGGGUCUCGCUCAUCGCACUCCAGUAUGUUCAGUCGAUGUAGACUUGUUGAGCGAAGAUUCAGCAGGUCGACCAAUCCAUUCCGAAGGAGAUUAUUCUAUCAAUUUAAAAAAUGUGUCAGUCCGUUUUCAUACCGAAGGUCCUCCUGUCCUGAGGGACAUCAACAUUGAAAUAAAGCCCGGAUGGCUUGUGAUGGUCACAGGUGUGACUGGAUCAGGAAAGACGGCUCUAGCAAGAACAAUCAUAGGUGAUUUGCAGCCCGAAAGCGGAUUGACUUCAACAUCCUCCCGGCAAAUGGCUUUCUGUGCUCAGUCACCGUGGUUACCAAAUGGCACAAUUCGUGAUUUGAUCGCUGGACCCCCAGGGUCUAAGGUGACAGACGAGAAGUGGUAUCAAAGAGUCCUCCAUGCUUGUGAUCUACAAUAUGAUCUUUCCAAACUUCCUAAUGGUGAUUUGACUUUUCUUGAAAGUGGAGGAAACUCUCUAUCCGGGGGUCAGAGGCAACGAGUAGCUCUCGCUCGUGCUAUAUAUUCUCGCUUGGAUACCCUGGUUUUGGAUGAUGUCUUCAGCGCGCUUGACGUGCGGACGGCACGUUGCGUGGCACAACGAUUGAUGGGACCAUCAGGACUAUUUCGUGAACUCAAGAAGACUGUACUUUUGAUCACGCAUUCAACUCAAUUCCUUUCACUUUCAGAUCUCGUCCUCACGCUUGUGGAUGGAUGUAUAUCUGAGCAAAGCACUUGGGAUCAACUUAAGCCCCAGAACUGGUCGUCCGAUAAGCAAGUUGACGAAGAUAUACCAGUCAAGAAUCUGUUCGACAACACCCUGGAGGAACAGCCUAUAUUAGCCUUAGAUAUUUCCAAUCCGGAGCGAUCGAUGGAUUCUGUCCGGCAAAUAGGAGACAGUGCCAUUUAUCAACACUACAUUAGCGCAAUUGGAAAAUCACGAAUCAUUACCACGCUAUUGAUCAUGAUAUCAUCUGCUACCUUCGCAAUGCUGAUCCAGAAUUGGCUUCGGUGGUGGACAGCUGAUAAAGAAGCAAACCAACGAACAUGGUUUUAUAUAGCCGUCUACCUCGUCCUCGCUCUAGGACACUGGAUCUCACUGACCGGGAUCGCGGCCGUUUCGUUGCUAAUUGUGCCCACAUCUGGUCGCAGCCUUCAUAGCCAGCUCCUGAGAACGGUCAUAAAGGCCCCACUGUCGUUUAUCACAUCCACUGAUAUCGCCAUAACACUAUCAAGAUUCAGCCAGGACAUGAAGCAGGUCGACCGUCGCCUUCCCGAUCAGGUUGCCGGACUGGGAAGUCAAGCUUUCAAACUCCUUGCCCAGGUCCUUUUGCUUUUCAUGACGCAGACAUAUAUUUUAUUCACCUUCCCUGCUCUCGUGAUUGUCGUUUACGCGAUUCAAAAGAUAUACUUAUUCACCAGUCGGCAACUGAGAUGGCUAAGCAUGGAGGCAAACUCUCUUCCAAGCAACAAUUUUCUGGAAACGGUUCACGGUAUCACGACUAUCCGCGCUUUUGGAUGGGAAGAAGAGUAUGCUAUUGAUAACAGUAAUGCAAUCGAUACCUCCCAGGUACCUUCUUUUACUCUUCUCGCCAUCGAACAGUGGCUCGCCUUAGUCUUGGAUCUAAUUGUUGCGGCUUUGGCACUUCUGACUGUGACUAUGAUAGUCACUCGUGAUACUGUUUCCGCUGGUGAGGUGGGAAUCAGUAUGAACGUGAUUCUAACCGUCAACAUCACACUCCUGGUGACAGUGCAGUCUUGGGCAAACUUUGACGCUUCCCUUGGGGUUAUUUCUCGCAUCAGGAACUUCUCGAUGACUGUUCUCCCUGAGACCCAGUCCAAAGAAACACUCUUGACACCUGAUUCAUGGCCGGCCAAUGGCGCAAUUAAGUUUGACAAAGUCAUUGCAGACUAUGCUCUACAGAGCGACAAAGACUCGACUUCCCCAGCAGCCCAUGCUCUGAAUAAGAUAUCUUUGGAACUUGCCCCAGGCCGCAAAAUCGGCAUUUGUGGUCGCACUGGCAGUGGCAAAUCAUCUCUACUCCUCAGCAUUCUCCGUUUGGUUGAUCUAUCUGAAGGAAGCAUCAAAAUUGACAGCUUGGACAUCGCAUCAAUUUCCCGAGAUGCCCUGCGGUCCAGAAUUAUCACAAUCCCCCAGGACCCAUUCGUUCUCGCCAGUGAUAGUAUCCGGAAUAAUCUUGAUAUCCAGAGAACGAAUUCGAAACAGGACGUAUUGGCUGCUUUGGAAAAGGUUCAUCUGCGGGCUUUACUAGACGCUAGAGCUGAGAAUACGGGCUUCAAACCCGAACAGUAUCUGGAUUUACCGAUGAAAGAUUGGACUUUAUCUCAGGGACAAAUGCAGCUCUUUACACUGGCCCGGGCACUUUUGUCACGCUCUUCACGUGGGAAGGUCUUGUUACUUGAUGAAGCCACCGGGAAUAUAGAUAAGGAGACCGAUGAAUGGGUUCAACAGGUUGUUCGUGAAGAGUUUCGGGGGUAUACAAUGAUUGUGGUUGCUCAUCGACUUGAAACCAUUGCUGAUGCCGAUUCAAUUGUGGUGAUGAACCGGGGGCAAAUUGUUGAGAUGGGGUCAUUUGAUGAUUUAUGGCAGAAGGACAACAGUGCCUUCAGAUCUAUUUUCGGGCGCAAUGAGUCUUGA